UAUAUAUAUAUAUAUAUAUAUGAAACCCUCGCUGGAAGGCUUGCAGAGCUGGAGAAAUCCCUAAAUCAUCUGAAAAUCUCUUCUUGUGCUUAUUGUUUUUUCAUGUUUAAAAACCAUGAUGCCCUCUGAGAAACUUGAGCCACAAGGGCUACAAUGGCCCCAAGAGGAGCAUACAUUUACUUUGAACCCAAAUGAUGGGCACUUGCCCCCCAGUGCCAUCCCAGUUUCUGUGCUGAUGGAGGAUGAUUCUGAUUCAAGCUCAUAUUUAUAUGAUUCCUCUGAAAUUGAGGAGGAUGAUGUUUCAGAUAAAAAAAUUCAAGACGUUAACUCUAUGGUUGCAUUGGCUCCGGCUUCUGCCUCUGCAAAAAGUUUCGGUAAUGGGCUUCGGAGGCAUACCGAUGCUACACAUGAGUAUGGAGAGACUGAAGUGAAGCAAAUGCAUCAACAGAGGAAGCAAGGUUUUUUCCAUGGUUAUGUAGAGAGUUUGUCUUUGGAUUCUCGGCGGAGUUUGGAGUUCAGUCAGCCACCAGAGAGAAGCAAUGGUGGAGUCGGGACGGAUUCACAAAGGAAUACUGAUGUUAGGAGUUACUUUUACAGUAGUCCGCAUCAAGAGUAUGUGGAAUUGGAUGAUACAGAGAAUACACUACUAUCAUUGCAUGGAUGUGAUCAACCACCAUUUGCAAGACCAUGUGAUACUAUCAGUUCAAAUGGUUCAGAUGGAUCAUUUUGCGAAAGAUUAUUAGUUUCACAGGCUAAUCAACAUGUCAGGAGCAUUUCAAUUUGUGCUGAAGCCUCUCUGCCAUCUUGCUCAUUACCGGUUCGAGUUCCUAUUUACCAUGCUAGAACACAAGGGCCUUGGCAUUCUGUAAUUGCCUAUGAUGCAUGUGUGCGGUUGUGCCUUUAUUCAUGGGCUACAGGUUGCUUGGAAGCCCGAAUCUUUUUGGAAAACGAAUGCGAGUUGUUGCGGAAUGCAUUUGGGCUAAAGCAGAUUCUAUUACAAUCUGAGGAGGAGUUACUGGCAGAGCAGCCUUUGCAGCUUGUCAGUGAAGGGGUUAUGGCGAAGCCCCAAAAGACAAUUGGCAAGAUGAAAAUCCAAGUGCGUGAAGUCAAAAUCUCUCCGAACUUGACUCCAGGAUGCAAAGUUUUAGCAAUAAAGCGACCAACCAUAAAUUUUGGUGCUUUACAUGGUCAUCUGUCCAAGCUACAAUUUACUCUCUCAUCAGCAAGGAAAUCAUUCGGAAAAAUUUGUGUAUUGCAUCAUCGACCUGCCAACCUUUCCUUUUCGCAGUAUACAUUGACACAUUUGCGCCAUGGUGUCCAGUAUAUUAAAAAAGUAUCAGGACUCCUUAAAAAUAAGGCAACAGCUUUGCAUAAGAGUUUUUCCUACAAGAACACUGAAGAAAUGUAUUCUUGUCAUUUGAGAUUAAAAAGUUCAACAGAGGACGGAGUCAUAAUGCAGCCUGGUGGAACUCAUCUCUUUUUCCCAAGUAGUCUGAUGGAUGAUUUGGUUGUCGAAGUCUACAAUUCAAGAGGAAAGCUUCAUGGUCAUGUUAUUGCUCAGUUAGCUAAUAUUUCUGAAAAUCCAGGUGGUAAAGCAUGUUGGUGGUCUAUUUAUCGAAAGUCAGAUCAGAAACGUGUGGGCAAAAUUCUAGUCGAUAUAAAUUACACAAGCAGUCUUGACGAGAAGAAUAUUAAGUGUGGGUCUGUUGCAGAGACAGUUGCUUAUGAUAUUGUCUUAGAAGUUGCAAUGAAAGUCCAACAAUUUCAAGAAAGACGGUUAUCAUUGCAUGGAGAAUGGAAAUGGUUGUUGACAAAAUUUGCAUCUUAUUUUGGUGUUUCAGAUGCCUACACUAAACUUAGAUACCUUUCGUAUGUAAUGGAUGUAGCAACCCCAACGGCAGACUGCCUCACAUUGGUGCAUGAUUUGCUAUCACCUGUUAUUAUGCAAAAACGCAACAAAAAUACCCUGAGCCAUCAAGAGAACCGAAUUCUCGGUGAAAUUGAAGAGCAAAUUGAGCAAGUUUUGGCUAUGGUAUUUGAGAAUUACAAAUCACUAGAUGAGUCACUGCCUUCAGGAUUGGCUGAAGAUUUUAGGCCUUUCACUGGAUCUCCAGCUCCGGCACUAUUGGCUGCCGUCAAGUUAUAUACUCUUCUUCAUGAAAUGCUUCUGCCGGAGGAACAAUUCAAGCUAUGGAGUUAUUUUCAGCUGGCUGUUAUGAAGAGAUCAAGGAGACACUUGGUUGAUUCCGAUGAGUUUCUUCCCAGUAAUUUUGAAGGCCGUGUGAUGGAUGCUGUAACUCUUUCUAUUGCUUACCAGAAAAUGAAAACCCUCUGCUUUAACAUGAAGAAUGAAAUUCUUACGGACAUCGAAAUCUAUGACCAACAUGUGCUUCCAAGUUUCAUAGACCUUCCAAACCUAUCUGCAUCAAUCUACAGCACUGAACUUUGCAGUAGAUUGCGUGCAUUCCUUGUCGCAUGCCCUCCAACUGGUCCUUCCUCAGCUGUAAUGGAGCUUGUAACUGCUAUCACCGAUUUCCCGAAUGACCUUACUCACUGGAACAUAUGUCCUGUCCAAGGAGGUGUUGAUGCAAAAGACUUGUUUCAUAAGUAUAUAAUUUCAUGGAUUCAAGAUAAACGUAUUUCUCUGCUGGACUCUUGCAAAUUUGAUAAGGAGAAAUACUCAGGGGUUCACACACAGCAUCAAACAACUCCAUUCAUUGAUGAAAUCCAUGAGCAACUAAAGAACAUCUUAAUUGAAUAUGAGAUGAUUAUUUUUCUUUGGCCAGGCUACACUUUUGCCCUGGAAAAUGCAAUUGUUGAUAUUGAGAAGGCAGUCAUUAAGGCUUUGGAGAAGCAAUAUGCAGAUAUUUUAGCACCUUUGAAGUGCUUUAUGAGACCGAAGAAAUUUGGACUAAAAUAUGUUCAGAAAUUUGCAAAGCGCAAUCCCGUAUGCCCUUACAUUGUACCCGUUGAGCUGGGAAUUUUCUUAAAUUCUAUCAAGAGAUUGCUCGAUGUACUUUUGCCAUCAAUUGAAAUGCAAUUAAAAUCUUGGGGUUCAUGCAUCCCUGGAGCGGAAAACAACACUGUUGGAGAUCGUCUUAGUGAAUUAAAUGCGAAUUUGAAGACCAAGUUCAGAAACUACAUAGAGGCCGUGGUGGAGAAACUGGCCGAGAAUAAUCAGUUACAGAAUGAUACAAAACUUGAGAAGAUCAUCCAAGAUUCAAAGAAUGUUGCGGCGGAGACUGAUAUUCAGAAUAUGAUGCAACCUUUGAAAGAGCAACUGAUUCGAACAAUCAAUCAACUCCGUUCUGUUUUUGAGGUUCAUAUCUUUGUUGUUCUAUGCCGAAGUUACUGGGAUUGGCUCGGAAAGGAACUGCUUAAUUUCUUGAAAAAUCAAGAGAAUAAGUCAUUAUACAAUACUUCCAAAGUCAUUGUAGAUGUGUUGCAGGAGACAUUUUUAACACAGAUGCAACAAAUGGUUGGAGGGGGAAAUGCACUACAAGACAAGGACUUGGAACCACCAAGGUCAGUAUUGGAACUUCACUCUUUGAUUUGCAAGAAGAACACAUAUAUUUGAUCACCUGUGCAUUUAUUGUAUAUUAAUAGGAAAUCAAAGUACAUAUUUAUAUGAUUUUUUUUAAUUAUUAUUAUUCCCAAGUUCAAUUAUCUUGAUCUUUGUACCAAUAAUGAUAUGUAAAUAUGUACAAUAUUAUCAAACUGAGUUUCAUGAGCACAAUCAAAGUCUAAUGAAAAGGUUUU